GCCAAGCGCAGCCACGGGGAGCCCGCGCCCGCCCUGCGCGCCCAGAGCCAGGACUCGCUGAUGCUGAUGACCUACUCCAUGGUGCCGAUCCGCGUGAUGGUGGACUUGUGCAACAGCACCAAAGGCAUCUGCCUCACAGGACCACCUGGCCCACCAGGACCUCCAGGAGUUGAUGGGUUACCAGGACACAAUGGAUCUGACGGACAGCCUGGGCCGCAGGGCCCAAAAGGCGAAAAAGGAGCAAAUGGGAAAAGAGGAAAAAUGGGGCUGCCUGGAGCUACAGGAAAUCCAGGGGAAAAGGGUGAAAAGGGAGACCCGGGUGAACUGGGCCUGCCCGGAAACGAGGGCCCACCAGGGCCUAAGGGCGAGAAGGGGGACAAAGGAGAUGUGUCCAACGACGUCCUGCCAGCAGGUGCCAAAGGUGACCAAGGCGCCCCCGGCCCGCCUGGGCCCCCCGGACCCCCUGGCCCUCCUGGCCCACCCGGAAGCAGAAGAGCCAAGGGCCCUCGGCAGCCAAACGCAUUCAACGGCCAGUGCUCAGGGGAGACGUGUGCUGUACCCAAUGAUGACACCUUGGUGGGAAAAGCUGAUGAGAAAGGCAGUGAGCGGCAUGCCCCACAAGCAGAAUCCACGGUUGCUUCCAUUGGAAAGCCAACGCAGGUACUGAAAGUCACAGAGACGUUUGGGACGUGGAUAAGGGAGGCCGCUAACAGGAGCGACGAGCGGAUUUGGGUGACUGAACACUUCUCAGGCAUCUUGGUGAAAGAGUUCCGGGACCGGGCCUCCCUCCUGAACGGCAGCUACUCGUCCAUCCUGCUCCCGCACUACUUCCACGGCUGUGGGCACACGGUCUACAACGGCGCCCUCUACUACCACAAGGGCGGCUCCAACACCAUCGUGAGAUUUGAAUUCGGCAAAGAAACAUCCCAAACUCUGAAGCUCGAGAACGCCUUGUAUUUUGAUCGGAAAUACCUUUUCGCAAAUUCCAAGACUUACUUCAACCUCGCUGUAGAUGAAAAGGGCCUCUGGAUCAUCUACGCAUCCAGUGUGGACGGCUCCAGCGUGGUCGUCGCACAGCUGGAGGAAAGGACAUUCUCUGUCGCGAAGCUCAUCAACACCACGUACCCCAAGUCCAAGGCCGGCAACGCCUUCAUAGCCCGGGGAAUCCUCUACGUCACGGACACCAAGGAUAUGAGGAUAACAUUUGCCUUUGACCUGUUAGGAGGGAAACAAAUCAACGCGAACUUUAAUUUAAGAACUUCCCAGGCUGUCCUUGCCAUGCUAGCGUACAACAUGCGAGAUCAGCACCUGUACUCGUGGGAAGAUGGUCACCUAAUGCUUUACCCUGUGCAGUUCUUGUCAGCUACGUUAAACCAGUGAUGCGCCGUUCUCCCCUCCCCUGGGCACCUGGCCCGUGUUCUCUGCGGCCACCGCUAUCCCCACAGAAAAUUUGUCUUUCAGGGUAGCUGAUAUUUAAAACAAGAUUUCGUGACAUGAGCGUUUGUGUGGUCGGUGAGCCCCUUCAAGAGCAGCUUGCGUGGUGAGCUGGCAGCAGACCGUGAGUUGCAAUGGCUGAGACUCGCGUCCGGGCACGUUAGCACCCCUCCCUUGGGCUUUGGCUUCCCCAGCAGUAACAGAAGCAUCUGGCUAAGCUGUGUGAUUCCCCCUACUUGUAGGAAAUCCUGAUUCUCAGCUGUUACUGUUCUCACAACUUUUCCAUGUCUGUUUAUUUUGCUUCUUUAGCCACAGUGAACAAGUUUGCCUUGGAGUCGAUAGUCCCUGCUGCUUGAGCAAUGAAUUCCACGCUGGUAGCCGGGGAAUGUGCAUGGGCCCCCCGAAGGCUUCUAAAGCACCAGGGUAUCCAUACUUUAUCAGUCUUCUCUACCUGUGCCCCUGCCCGCACAGACCGUCCUUGGCUUCUGAUUGCAGCUCUGAGAUCAGCCAAAGCCAGAAGGGCCACGUGCUCGGGUUUCUCAGUGAAACACAAUGGCCUUGCAGGUUCCUGUCAGUUUCUGAGGGCAUGGAUCUGUCCCUGUGAGUCAUAAACACUGGAUCUCUGGGUCAUUCUGCAGCUAUGGAUCCACCACCAGGGCACAAACCUGGAGUGAGUGCGCACUGAUGUGGCCAGGCGUGUGACCAGGCAGUUUUCGGGAGAGAGGCGCCUUUAUACUUAGUAUCUAGAGCAAGGCUGGGCCACCUGGCUCCGUUGCUAUUGUUGUGAAUAAAGUUUUAUUAGCACACAGGCACACUUGCUGGUGUAUGGGUCAUAGUCCGGGCCUACUUCCGCUCCAUAGACAGCGGCUGAACCGAGACCAGAGGACACUGUGCUCCAUAGGACAGAGCGAGUCUGAUUCUUGGUGGCCUCACACAGCCUGCUUUGUUCUGUCCUAAGACGUGGUGUUGAUACAGCUGGAGUGCUGGCAGAAGAGCAGAGAGCAGCAUGAAGCACUUCCCCCCUUGGACAGGAUGCAGUGUACCUCGCUCCCAGGCGCUCCUCAGCUGUGCACUGCCUGCCAGCCCGGUUCCUCAGACAUCCUUCAGCCCAGCACAGAUCUCCAGGCAGAGGAGAGAGAGCUGCGGGGAGGCUGGUCAGCAGCUUGCCGGGUGCCUGCGUGCUGGAGCUUUGCUGCUCCCUUUCGCUCUGUGGUCUGGUUUGUUCCUUACUAAUGGAAGCCUUUAAAACUUAAGGGCUGUGCAGGUUGAAAUAUUUAAAUCUUUUCAUCCCUGAAAAUACCCAGGCAGCUGAUGUGUUCGCUCUUGAGUUCCCAAGAUAACGGGUAUUUGAUCCCCCAUACUUUUUAAUUAGAGGUUGUGUCGUGUUACACAGUUUUUAAAAAAUACUAUUUUCAGAUUCAUGGCUUAAAGUGAAGCAAAGCCUCCUGUCUGAUCAAUGUGUCUAGGGAAGGCUGGUGUUCUUUAAGGUAUUUAAAUAUAUGUGCUACUGCUUCCCAGUGCGGUACAGCUAGUUGUGAAUGUGCUUUCAUAACAACUAAUUGUACAUACAUUGUAGCAACCAGUUUAGUUAUUGAAUUAGCACACAUUCCUUGUAUUCCUUUUAGAAAAACGUUUUAAAGUCAUCAGUUUUGACAUCUGAGCUAUCGUGGGGUUCUGUUCUCUCUCACAUUUUUUUUUUUUUUUUUGGAACAAGGUCUUAUACUAUUUGCAGAUUGGUCUCAAACUCCUAAAUUCAAGUGAUCCUCCUGCCUCAGCUUCUCGAGUAGCUAGGACUAUAGGCACACAACACCACACCUGACUCCUUGGCCUCCCCAGCAGUGGGUUGCUGAUACAGAAGCUCAAACUGGGAUAUUUUUACUCUGGUACAGUAAUAUGAGGACAACUAAGGUUGAGCAAUGUCUAAUAGCCGUAGGCAAUUGUAUAUUCUGGUUGACAGUUUGAACAGAAUUAAAAGAAUUAAGAUUUUAUUUUUUUCCUGCAAACAGUACUUGGGUUUUUAAAAAAGUUUGGGGCCUACUGCCACAAACCUAGUGUAUAUAAGUCAAGAUAAUGUUUCAGUGUGUAGGAUUCUAAUGUUUUAGAGUGUAGUUCACAUUCUAGCGGGUAACCAGAAUUGCUUCAAAGCGCUUCCCAACUAUCUGCACUUCUGAUGUCAGAAUCAAACCAAAUAAUUCUGUAGUUCUUCUGGAAUCUAAAGGAGAUAGUUUCCCAUUGGAAAGAAAAUAAAGCCAUCCCUUCCAGCCUCAAAGCCAUGCUGGACCCUCUUUUAAAACAUUGCUUUCAAGCUGAUAAGGCGUGGAGGUGAAGCUGCAGGUGGCCUGGGUAUCACUAGGCACAGGUGUUAGGAUAGAAGAAGUUGCUGGCUGAAGUUUUCAAAGGAGGAAUUCUGACCUGGGGCAUCCUCACAGUCACCGCUGCAAGGUCAGGAGGCGAAAUGUCAGACAGACAGAAGCCGCUUACAGAGUCAGUGUCACCCCACACCCCCAGAGCACAUUCUGGCUGGCCGGGACACUUGGCAUCAAAGCUCCCCAGGAGGAUGAGCCACAGGGCUUUGCAGAUUUCUUGGGGCUGCUGUGACCUUAUGCAUCACACCAGGAGCCAGAAUUCCCCGUCUCCUACCACCCAUUCUGAGCAACAGAUGAAAAAUGACGAAUGUCUUUCUGGUUGUAAUUUAUUUAACUUUAAUUAGUCAAAUUUUUUAAACUGUGCUGUUAUUUUACCUCUUACUAAGUUAUGUGUAAUGUUUUAAAAAUUGUAACCACUCCAAGCAAUACUGCGGUAGGAUAAUGUCAGUUGCUUCUCCGCAGAGACUCACACGCACUAGUUCCCCUGGGUACGGAAAGAAAAACACUGCUGUGCGCAGUGUUCGCUGUCAGAAAGCACAGAAGGUGGAAAUCUAGCGAGGUGUGCACAGAAGGAAAUGCGAGAGAGGCUUGCUAAGGUGUCAGCAUGACCAAGACAGCUGAAAACCUCAUAUUUGGGGCUUAGGAUAAAAAGACCUGUGUGAGUCUGGGCAGGGCCCUUCAUCCCCUGGAGCCUCUGUUUCAUCUGUAAAAAAUAAAGUAUUGUUAUUACCUCCCGA